CACAAUGUGGAUCAAUGUAAAUAACAACAUGCACUGCAUGAUCAUGGAUAAGACAAGUUAUAUAUAGUUCGAAUAAAUACAAACAUCUAACAUGUAAUAUUGUUUAUAUUUGCAACGUUAAAGGUUGGCAGAGAUCGUGGUACCAAGAAUAUGUGUAGAAAUAUAAAGUUUUGAAUGGCGUCACAGACUUUCGACCUGAGAUUUCACCUGUGCACCUGGAACACAGGAAUACAGAAUCCAGACUCUGACAGUUUUACCGAGCUGCUAGGAUUGGAUGCAGAUAAUUUAGCAGAUAUUUAUGCAAUUGGCCUACAGGAAAUCAGUGCACGCGUAAUCCCUUACGUUAAGUCGGCGUUCUACGAUGAUGUGUGGACUACGAAGUUCAAGGCCGUCAUGCAGACGUUUGAUUACGUUAAAGUGAAAUCUAUAAGGCUGCAGGGUCUGCUGUUGCUACUGUUCACCAGGCGGCGCCACCUACCUUUCUUAAGAAAUGUGGAGUCAACAUUUACACGUACAGGAUUCGCUGGAUUCUGGGGCAAUAAGGGAGCAACGAGCAUCAGACUUGCUAUCUACGACCGUUCGAUAUGCAUUGUAAACUGCCAUCUGGCGGCGCAUCAUGAAGCGUGCGAAGAGCGAAUAGAAGACUACGACAUGAUCAUGGAUAACCACUGCUUUAAGGAUGUAGAUACAGAACAGAUAUUGGACCAUGACUAUGUAUUUAUGUUAGGCGACCUCAAUUUUAGAAUAGAUGACAUGGGUGUUGAUGAAAUUAGAAAGCACAUAGAGCAAGAAAACUACUCCAAACUGCUUACAUAUGACCAACUUAAUAAAUGUAUAGCAGCAGAAGAAGCAUUUGAAUGGUUCGUUGAGGGCCCAAUAACAUUUCCUCCAACUUACAAAUUUGAAAAUGAGACAAACACUUACGAUACAAGCAGGCGACCGGCGUGGUGCGACAGGGUGCUGUGGUAUGUAGCCGAUCGCGAUAGCGUGGAGGUGGAAGCGCGACAAGAAUUCUACAGGAGCCACCCGCGCUACCGGUGCAGCGACCAUCGUCCCGUCACAGCGCUGAUGAGUGUGACGGUGGCAGCGCCGUCCGACCAGCAAGCGGUUGUUUUUCACCCGGUGGAGCGGGCGACCGUGGGUGAAACACUGACUCUGUCCUACACGCUGUUGCCAGGCACACCGACUUCGAGCUGGGACUGGGUGGGGCUCUACAAGAGCAACUUUGGUGACCUUAACGACUAUGCAGUGUAUGUGUGGACGGUCACUGAAGCAGAAGGUGAUUGCACUCUGAAGCUACGAAUCAAGAAUGACACCGUGCCUGCCUGCUACUGCCUGUGCUAUAUCAGUUCCAGACUCAGCUGUGUGUUAGGGGUCAGCUCUUCGUUUGAGAUUAUACCAUCAGCGAUCUGCAGCUCAGCAGCCAACCAGAAGCCUGUCCUUGCAGCCACAGACAGUUGCGAAGACCUACUGCAGAGAGGACAACCAGGCCUUUGAACACAUCAGCUAUACGUUUAUCCAGAGACAAUCGAUAAUUGGGUCCAACCGGAAGCCUUGCGAUAACCUCUCCAUUGAUAUGCUGCAUGCUUGCACUCGUUAUUUUGAAUAAUGAGAAUGUGAUCGUAUGUGCAAUUCACGUAAGGCGCUGCGUCUGACGUGCAGUUGCCAUGUGCGAGCGAGUUAUACUGUCCUCUGUGCUGCAACUUUAGCUGCUUCCAGGCAAGUAGAUGCUUUCACUGCCAGAACACACUCCACAUUAUGUACUGCUAAGUGGCUGUGACUAUACAAGCAUGGCGCAUCACAAAUCCGUACGUGCACAGAUGGCGCUACUUGGCAAACGAUGCUUUUCGUGUGAUCGUAUAGCCCAACGCACAGAUUUAGUGUGGUACUUAAUUUUUUUACGUGUUUACUAAAAUUAAUAUAUUUAACGUCAAAGUGGUAUGGUAUGUGGUGAUACAUUAUGUGCACAUUUUACCGAGAUUAUGCACAAACAUGUUUGAAUUUUUUGUUGUUGAAAAGUGUUACUCUAUCAUGAAUAUUCAUAUUUUAGGCAGCGCAACUGUGAUUUUAGGUUACAUGCAGUUCUUGUGGUCUUGGAACACCAAAGUGUUUCGUAUUUAAACCUUUACUACACUGAAAUAUUCAAGCUUGCAUUGUGUUAAUGUGAUGUGCCAUUAUAUUUGUUACACGUUUACCUUGUUCAAAAGCUAUAUUUGUCAAAUAAUAUAUACUCUAUCUAAGAUAUUCAAGAUUUAAGUGCCAUUUAGUGCACGUGAGUGUCAUUUUACCUCUGUUUUGGUAAUACAGUAACAGACAAUCGAUCGUUAAUGAAAUUAUGUAGACGUGAAUUUGGAUCAAAAUAGUGCGCAUUGUGAUACAGUCUACAGAUAUAACAACCAUGAAUAUUUUACUGUAAAUCUGACAUGCAUAUCAAUAGAAAAGGUGUGUGGUUAUAUCCAAUA